AUGACUCAGCCUAUCGGUACACAGGAGCUUCAGACAGCAUUACCACCUCACGCUCUUACGUCAGUAUCGACCAGAUCUCGCUCCUCUAGCCCAAGGGAACCAAGCGAGGCGACAUACCGUGCACAAACGUUCUUCCGUGCAGGAAUACAUGUCGACGUCAACGUUCCUCGACAAGUACAGAGCAAUGUCGACCUUGCUCUGGAAGCGCCUCCAGCGACCUUAGCCACGAUCAACCAUUUAGCAACCAAGCUUCAACGCGAGUCUCUGGAAUUGACCGCAGCGCAAGCCGGAGAAACCGAGUGGACGGUCCUACUGCAUGAGAUACUGAAAGAGCUGAAGUCCACAGAUGUUAUAGUCGCUAGAAACAGGGAUUGGCGACCUGAUCUCAAACCUGAAGUCCAUCAACCGUCGAUGUCUAUCCCGCAAAAGCGACUGCGCGACAACCUGGGAGACAAAGUAUCAGAGUAUCCCCGCAUAACUGCGGGUCCAAAAGCGCCACUUCCUUCCGCACAGUCGAGUGAUUCAUCACUAUUGGAUAAGCCUCAGACGACGGAACCUACAUCUGCGGGCCAGUUAGCUACAGCCCCAUUCUCAUUGAAGGACCCUCGUCCCGACAUCUCAGCAGGGCUCUCAGACCAGGCACUUGCACUUGCAUUGCGCUCUGUUCAUGGCGAUAGUGCCAAGUUCUAUUUGCAUGACCUUCAGGAGACUGGCUCACUCAUCAGUGACCCUGGGGAGGCUCCAUUAGGCUUACGGUUCCCAUUUCUCCUCGUCGAGACCAAAUCGGGUGCCACCGGUGGUAACCUUUACCAAGCUCAGAACCAGGCCGCAGUGGGCGGUGCCUCGGCAAUCAACAUCCUGAAGGGAAUCUUCCCGCUACGCUGCUUGUCUUUUCUGCUGCCACGGAAGGGCCCCAUAUGUGAGUUAUGGGCGCACUUCUGGGAUGUGAACGAGCACAGUUACUGCAUGGCUAAUGUUGGCGUAUGGCGGACAACACAUAUGGACGGCGCAUUCGAUUUCGUCUCCAAGAUCUCGAGGGUCCUCAACUGGGGCACCGGAAGGUUCAAAGACGCAAUAGUCGAAAGGCUCGCCCUUCUAUAACCUGGUAUGGGCCGUAUCACUGUGGAAGAUUCCGACGGUGCGAUCCUUUGGAUCCUUGAUAUAUACAGGUGUUGAGCCUGCGUGUCUAGCUCUCAUAACAAUAACCUCAGU